AUGUCUCCCAGAACAUCGGUCCAGGGCAAUGGUGUAACAGCAACUCAGAGGGUCGGCCCUGUGUUUUUCCACAACAUCAUUCCAGGGAGACAGCAGCUCAAUGGAAGCUUGGACCCAAUUCACACCCACACCAACUUGUCCAUCCAACACCCCAAUCCCAUACCCGCUCCCACGCCAACUUGUCCAUCCAACACCCCAGUCCCAUACCCGCUCCCACGCCAACUUGUCCAUCCAACAUCCCAGUCCUAUACCCGCUCCCACGCCAACUUGUCCAUCCAACAUCCCAGUCCCAUACCCGUUCCCACGCCAACUUGUCCAUCCAACACCCCAGUCCUAUACCCGCUCCCACUCCAACUUGUCCAUCCAACACCCCAGUCCAAUACCCGCUCCCACGCCAACUUGUCUAUCCAACACCCCAGUUCCAUACCCGCUCCCACGCCAACUUGUCCAUCCAACAUCCCAGUCCAAUACCCGCUCCCACGCCAACUUGUCCAUCCAACACCCCAGUCCUAUACCCGCUCCCACGCCAACUUGUCCAUCCAACAUCCCAGUCCCAUACCCGCUCCCACGCCAACUUGUCCAUCCAACACCCCAGUCCUAUACCCGCUCCCACUCCAACUUGUCCAUCCAACACCCCAGUCCUAUACCCGCUCCCACGCCAACUUGUCUAUCCAACACCCCAGUCCCAUACCCGCUCCCACUCCAACUUGUCCAUCCAACAUCCCAGUCCCAUACCCGCUCCCACGCCAACUUGUCCAUCCAACACCCCAGUCCUAUACCCGCUCCCACUCCAACUUGUCCAUCCACCUCCCCAGUCCCAUACCUGCUCCCACACCAACUUGUCCAUCCAACACCCCAGUCUCAUACCCGCUCCCACGCCAACUUGUCCAGCCAACACCCCAGUCCUAUACCCGGUCCCACGCCAACUUGUCCAUCCACCUCCCCAGUCCCAUACCUGCUCCCACGCCAACUUGUCCAUCCAACACCCCAGUCCUAUACCCGCUCCCACUCCAACUUGUCCAUCCAACACCCCAGUCCCAUACCCGCUCCCACGCCAACUUGUCCAUCCAACACCCCAGUCCUAUACCCGCUCCCACGCCAACUUGUCCAUCCACCUCCCCAGUCCCAUACCUGCUCCCACGCCAACUUGUCCAUCCAACACCCCAGUCCCAUACCCGCUCCCACUCCAACUUGUCCAUCCAACACCCCAGUCCCAUACCCGCUCCCACGCCAACUUGUCGAUCCAACACCCCAGUCCUAUACCCGCUCCCACUCCAACUUGUCCAUCCACCUCCCCAGUCCCAUACCUGCUCCCACGCCAACUUGUCCAUCCACCUCCCCAGUCCAAUACCCGCUCCCACGCCAACUUGUCCAUCCAUCUCCCCAGUCCUAUACCUGCUCCCACGCCAACUUGUCCAUCCACCUCCCCAGUCCAAUACCCGCUCCCACUCCAACUUGUCCAUCCACCUCCCCAGUCCCAUACCUGCUCCCACGCCAACUUGUCCAUCCAACACCCCAGUCCCUUACCCGCUCCCGCGCCAACUUGUCGAUCCAACACCCCAGUCCCUUACCCGCUCCCACGCCAACUUGUCCAUCCAACACCCCAGUCCUAUACCCGCUCCCACGCCAGCUUGUCCAUCCAACACCCCAGUCCCAUACCCGCUCCCACUCCAACUUGUCCAUCCACCUCCCCAGUCCCAUACCUGCUCCCACGCCAACUUGUCCAUCCACCUCCCCAGUACCAUACCCGCUCCCACGCCAACUUGUCCAUCCAACACCCCAGUCCUAUACCCGCUCCCACGCCAACUUGUUCAUCCAACACCCCAGUCCAAUACCCGCUCCCACGCCAACAUCCACAUCUGA